CUCCGUCUCACUUUCCACGAAUCACCUCCAGGGACACUCACGUUUGACCCAUUAAUCAACCGCGGGGUAGCAAGUCGCGAGAGUCGCAGUCGCCAUUCGAUGAACACGAUUCUCAACCGGCUCAAUGCCGUCACGGCGCUGGCCACCUCGACCAUCCUGUGCCUCGUGGCCGUUGUGGCCCUGAUCAGCUACCCAACCCACAAACCAUCAGGCCGCGUCGAGGUACACUCUCUACAAGUCGUCCAGGGACAGGCGCAAUGGCACAUGGACCGCCACGUCCAGGACUUUGUCAAGCUCCAAUUUGACGUCGAUGCAGAUUUUUCGCCGCUCUUUAACUGGAACACCAAGCAGGUCUUUCUCAGUCUCGCAGCACAGUACGAGGGCAAGCGCCAUGCGGCCAACAACGUCGUGGUCUGGGACCGCAUCAUUCGGAGAAAGGGAGAUGCCCACGUCAAGCUCCAGGAUGCAAACAACAAGUACGGCUUCCGCGAGGUGUCUAGGUCGUUCGAAAACGUCACUUCAACGACGUUUACGCUCAAGUGGAACGUCAUGCCCCAUGUCGGUAUCCUGGCCUACGGAGACGAGGCCAGGACAGGCGAGCUCGAAGUGCCCAAAAAGGUCGUGCCGGUCAUCGAGGAGGGCGCUCGACGCCCCAGGCCCGAGAAGAUGUGGUUCUAGAGAGCAAAAUACAGAAAAAAGAGAGGCACUGUGUAUCCUCAACUACUCAAUGAAUACACUGCAUUGGCAUUGUCGGCCCACUGCCU